UUGAGAGAUAGUAAAAGAAUAAGUUUAGAGCUUAAGGUUCUUUGUGCUUUAUCAUUUUACGCAACGGGCUCAUAUCAACGUUUAGUUGGUAUGGGUAAACAUUUAGGCCAAACAAGUGUUAGCAAAUGUGUUUCUCAAGUUACGGAGGCACUUAACAGCCAAAUAAUAUGCAACAAUUUUAUCAAGUUCCCCACUUCAAGGGCUGAGAGAGACGUCAUUAAGCAAAAAUUUUUGACUACAUAUAAGAUACCGGGUGUCAUUGGCUGCAUAGAUGGAUCACAUUUCCGCAUAUUUACACCACAAAAAGAAAUUGAACACUUAUUUUAUUGCAGAAAGCAUUUUCAUUCCCUUAAUGUACAAGUUGUUUGUGACAGUGAAUGCCGUAUUUUAAAUGUGAAUGCAAAAUAUGGAGGUGCCACCCAUGAUGCUUUUAUUUGGGAUAAUAGCCUAGUAAACCAGUAUAUGCAAGAAUUACAUCUUAACAAUGAACAAGUAUGGCUACUUGGUGAUUCUGGAUAUCCACAAAGGCCAUGUUUGAAAAACGCUUUGAAUUGUUUUGUUAUUACGAUUUAG